AAAAAAUGGGAAACACAUGUACAUAGUAAAGAAAUAAUUGAGUACAUGCAUUGAUUUAUUUAUGUUGUUUAUGACGAAUAGAAUUGAAAGUCAGUUAAUAGUUGGCUUACCUCUUACCGUUUGUUGUUGUGGUGUUUUUCCUAAGGGUGUAGGGUUACAUUGUCAAUCCCUGCCAUUCGUGUGGUAUCAUUGGGGAAUAUCUUUACGCAUUUCACUUAUUCACUGGUAGACUAUGCUGGUUGAUUGGGGAUAUUUUAGUUGACCGAGUGCCAUGCGAUCGAUAGCCUUUGAGAAUGUAAUAGAAUAGAAUUGAAAGUCAGUUAAUAGUUGGCUUACCUCUUAUCGUUUGUUGAUUUGGUGUUUUUCCUAAGGGUGUAUGAUUACAUUGUCAAUCCCUGCCAUUCGUGUGGUAUUAUUGGGGAAUAUCUUUACGCAUUUCACUUAUUCACUGGUAGACUAUGCUGUUUGAUUGGGGAUAUUCCAGUUGACCGAGGGCCAUGCGAUCGACAGCCUUUGAGCAUGUGGAGACCGACAGCCCUAGGGAUCGACAAUGUCGGCAUUCUGCACCCCCAGAAAAUUUAUUAGAGGAUGGACAUCUGCCUCAUGGGCCGCCGCGGCGGUCCCAGAGGAACCCUUUGAUAAGUUACCAGAAAGUUUCCGAGACCGCCAUUAGGGACUUUUAGAUUUGCGUGGACUGAUACGUGUGACGUCCAUUGAAGGCAGUGCAUUAAAAGGUCGUCGAUCGUAGCAAUCCACGUUGUCGUUGUGCAAAUCCAGAAGUCCCUACUGUCAGCCACGGUGGCCGACAGUUCCGAGUGCUAUCUGUCACCCGCUUUGCAAGUGUUUUGACAUUUGGUUUAUGCACCUGGUGAUCAAUAACUUGUAAAUCCGUUGUAUUCCUUCUUCCCUUUUCCGGCCCUCUAGCAUUGUCAUCCUAUCCAGAGGGUUGUAAAUGUAAGGAGCUGACCCAUUUAGAUUGUUCUAGGCUCAACCUAACACAAGUUCCCUCCAACAUAUCGUCCAAUGUGACCAAACUAUUUUUGAAGUACAACAAUAUCGAAAGUAUUGACGCAGAAACAUUCACCAACAUGUCAUCCCUAGUCUACCUUAACCUGAUGGGAAAUCAACUCACCGAGAUACCUUCUGGAUCCUUUAAAAGUUUACAUCGAUUGUCAAAGCUGUAUUUGUCUGAAAAUAGAAUAUCGAAUAUACACCGAGAGGCUUUUCUUGGAUUAAGUCACCUGCACUGGCUGUUUAUGAACAAAAAUAAAUUACGCUCAGUUGCACCAGGCACGUUUCUGGGUCUCGAAAGGUUAUAUUGGCUGGAUUUGCGGGAGAACGAAAUACGAGACCUAAACGACGGGGAAGCAUUUCAGGAUCUCCUCUCGUUAGCCUGGCUGGACUUCGAGGGGAACGACAUCAGAGGCAUAACCGCCAAUUCAUUUGCCGCAAAUACAUCUCUAUUCGUGCUUGUACUGAAGAAUAACAAUAUUCGGACAGUUGACAGCGAUUCCUUUACGUCUCAUCGAACUCUGAUUGAGCUUGAUCUUUCAGACAACCAGAUCCUACAUCUACCGAUGGGACUCUUCGACAAUCUCCAUAUUCUCGAAAUAUUGCGUCUUCAGAACAACCCUUUAACUUCGAUUCCUACCGAAUUGUUCAAUUCCUUAGGCAGCCUCAUAGAAUUGAAUCUAACCGGAAUUAUAAAUUCUAACAUCAGUGCAGAAAUGUUUGACAGUCUGACAAGUCUGGAAAAAGUGUAA